CUGCUGGACCCUGUCAUUAGGGUUUCUUGUUAUAAGUGCUGCGCGACUGCCUUCUUGAAGCUCUAUACGAAGCCAUGUCGCUUGUAGCAAAUGAGGAUUUCCAACAUAUUCUGCGUGUGCAGAACACAAACGUCGACGGCAAGCAGAAGAUUAUGUUUGCCCUGACAUCCAUCAAGGGGAUUGGCCGCCGUUUUGCUAACAUAGUCUGUAAGAAAGCAGAUGUUGACAUGAACAAGCGGGCUGGUGAGCUCUCUGCUUCUGAGAUCGAUAAUUUAAUGGUAAUUGUGGCGAAUCCUCGCCAGUUCAAGAUCCCAGACUGGUUUCUCAAUAGGAAAAAAGAUUACAAAGAUGGGAAAUACUCUCAGGUUACAUCCAAUGCUUUGGACAUGAAGCUUAGGGAUGAUCUCGAGCGUCUUAAAAAGAUCAGAAACCACCGUGGACUUCGACAUUACUGGGGUCUCCGUGUUCGUGGGCAACACACCAAGACAACAGGUCGCAGGGGAAAGACUGUUGGUGUCUCGAAGAAGCGAUAAGCAGUGUCUGCUUUUCCCCAAUUCUGCCUUUUAUGUUGUUAUUUGGCUUGGGACUACUAGUGCCGAUCUCUUUUGAGAGAGAGAUAUCACUGGCUAUAACAUGUGUAGCAAGUUUCAUGGAUUUGAAUUUUGGAUGUUGUUCUUUGCUAUAGUUUUUUCCUUUUAUUAUAUUAUCAUAUUUUGGCCUAACUA